GCCGCAUGAGCACGACACGACUUUUCUCGGGCGCACGCUAGUAGUAUAACAAUAACAACGAUAAUAAAAAUAAUAAUAAUAAUAAUAAUAAUAGUAAUAAUAACAACGAAAACGACAACAAUUACAAAAUUAGUCAGUGUAUUCACGUGCGUGUGACCGAUGUGCCCUUUUACCAAAGUACACAAUACACAACUGCACAGUUGUUAUUCAAAACAUUCAAAACGUUGAAAGUGUAGUGGUUAUAAGUAUAUGCCACCGUAUCAUUGGUAUGAUCGCAUAUCACCUAUAUCAUCGUACGUGACGGGCAGAAACGAAAACACGUAGCGGUGGCGGUGGAGGAGGCGGUGGCGGCGGCGGCGGCGUCGGAGGUAGAGUUGACGGCGGCGUUGGUGGUGAAUACGACUACUGCUGCGACGACGACGGCAGCAGCGGUUGCUGCGUCGAUAGUGGCGACGGAAGUGGUGGAAAUGGCGGCAGCGGUGUGGACGGUAAUGGCCUUUGCAGUUAGCGCCUAGCCCGCUGUGGAGACACCAUGGAGACGAGAAUGGCCGCGUAAUGAACGCGCUCGCGGCUCGGGCGGCGUUGUCUGCAUUUUACACCGCGUCGACGUCAUCGUCGUCAAUCCAGGCGGCGGGAGCAGCCCAUGCGUGGACGACGGUGGCGUCGGCAGCCGCGGCCGCGGUUUCGAACGGCACCGUCGCGGGGGUGCCCGACGACGGACCGCCGCAGCCCAGGUUUACGCUGUCUCAGACGGUGUUCAUCGCGCUUGUGUCCGGCAUGCUCAGCUUCGUCACAGUGUCCGGCAAUAUAAUGGUCAUGGUGUCGUUCAAGAUCGACAAGCAGCUGCAGAACAUCAGCAACUACUUCCUGUUUAGCCUGGCGAUGGCCGACUUCUUCAUCGGACUCAUAUCCAUGCCGCUGUUCACCGUGUACACAAUACUCGGUUACUGGCCGUUUGGCCGGCACGUGUGCGACGGCUGGCUGGCGCUCGACUACUUGGCCAGCAACGCUUCCGUGCUCAACUUGCUGCUGAUCAGCUUCGACAGGUACCUGUCCGUCACCAGGCCGCUGACAUACAGGGCCAAGAGGACUAAAGGCAAAGCGUUGCUGUUCAUAUCCGCUGCAUGGAUCAUUUCGCUCGGCUUAUGGCCACCGUGGAUUUAUCUGUGGCCGAUCAUAGAAGGUCGUCGGACCGUGCCCGAAAUUCAGUGUUAUAUACAGUUCAUACUGACCAAUCAAUACAUUACUUUCGGUACGGCCAUUGCUGCCUUUUAUGUACCGGUAACGGUGAUGUGUUUUCUGUAUUUCCGUAUAUACAGAGAAACAAAAAAGAGACAAAAAGACUUGCCUAAUUUGCAAGCCAUGAACAAACCACACAACGAUCAUCAACACGAGGAAUCGUGGGGUCGCAUACGAUCGGAGUCGAAUCAAGUAAAUUCGUUGGAUCGGCAAGAAUUGUAUGAGACCAGUUCGUUGCGCAAAGCGUACUCUCAGUGUUCAUUGAAAGCGAGGCGCCUGCUGACGUGGUCAUGGCUGCGCGAUUGGUGCGUGGACUGGUGGCACUCAGGCCGCGACGACGAGUACGACGAGGAAGACGACCAGACGCCUAGCGACGUGCCGGGGGGCAUAAGCUACGGUACUACUGUGUCCAGGUCAACGUCGUUAAACGUCAUACAUCAGCAGCAGCCCACAACACCGACGCCUAUAAAAUCCUACCACGCGGUCAACAAUAACAACCGACUGACCCACCGGUCUUUGUCCAACGAUUCGGUGUACACGAUCGUGAUCAAGUUGCCGGGCGACAGCGACCUGCAAGACGCGCCGACAGUGAAACAGUAUCACGGGUGUUACGAGGAGACGCGGCGGCACGGCGCGGCGGGCGGUGCGAUAUCGCGCCGGCCGUCGUCGCAGGACACGCGGCUGCCGCUGAACGCGGCGAAGAUCGUGCAACCGAAGCAGUUGACCCGGGCGCAGGGGGUCGCGUUCCAGGCCAAGGAGAAAAAGAAGAAGAAGUUCCAGGAGAAGAAGAGCGAGCGGAAGGCGGCCAAAACGCUGUCGGCCAUACUGCUGACGUUCAUCAUCACGUGGACGCCGUACAACAUACUGGUGCUGCUGAAACCGUUCACGGCGGCCACCGGGGGCGACGACGGGGGCGGCGGCGACGAGGCCGACAGCAACAAGGAGUGGGUGACGAAGGGAAUGUGGGACUUUUUCUAUUACCUGUGCUACAUCAACAGCACCAUCAACCCGGUGUGCUACGCCCUGUGCAACGCCACUUUCCGCAUGACCUACGUGCGGAUACUCAAGUGCAAGUGGAACACUCGCAGACAGCCGCCGCACUUCCGCACGUGAUGUGAUGUCCGACCGGCCUCGGUUACCGCAUAUUACGUUUAUAUUAUACAUGUAUACACUAUUGUUUUCGGGUUUUUUCUCGUGACGUGACCCUUUUUUUCACUCCCGCCCCCGCCAGGCUACUAUCGUACGAUUGAGCACGUUGAUUGUACCGUUCAGAAUAAUAGCUACAGACACUGGAAGAACAAUACGAUUUAGUAUUUAUUUACGUUAAAAACGUUCUCGUAUUAAUAUUUUCGAAAAUGAUCGAUACACAUUAUAUUCAGACCUAAUGUGCAAAAUACUCUAUUUAAUAAUUGAAUUUUUGAAAUUGUUCAGAAACGCGAAAAAACAUAUUAUUUUCAAAGUUCAACAGUUGACGAUGAUGAAUGCCAAAGAAAACAAUAAUUCAUUAAUUUCUAAAGUUUACUAGAGGAAUUGUCCACGGUGAACAUUAUCACAUACAUUGCCAUCUCAAUUUAAGAGUUUUGAUCAAGUAUAUCUGAUUGAGUCGUCUAUAAUUUUCGUUUCAAUAAUUUUGGUAACAUUUUGAAUAUGGAAAAAAUAAACUAUACGUGUUUAAUUGUACGUAUAUAUAACACUUAAAAAGUAGCUUGAAAAUUAAAGCGUGUUUAAUCUAUUUUGCCCGCGUGAGGUUACGUUGUGGAUUUGUCUCACUUACCGUAUGCGUAUAUUAAACUUAUCGCAUUAUUUUAACGAGGUAAUCUCAAACUAAAUGUGCUGAAAAACUAUCAGAGUACGUGUCACUAGUGUAUUUUACGGUAGCUGUAGGUUGUGCAACAGAAAGAAGUACGAGAGCAAGAGGGCUGCGAGAAUAAUAAAAUACAAAAACUUAUAGAAAAAAAAAAAUAAUAAUAUAAUGAUUUUAAGACUGUUCGCGGGAUCCACAUGGUUAUCCCGGCACAAGUGUGUAUUUUAUAAAUUUAAUAAACCUAUGUAGGCAAACGUGCGUUUAAUAUUGGGCGUUUAUAUACAUAUUAUAUAAUAUAAUAUUUAUAGAUGAAAUGUAUGUGAAAAUCAGUGGCGUAAGAUGUGAGGAGGCGCCAACGAAGCAGACAAAUCUGGCUCCGAAGCCUUUUUAAUUAUCUCUGUAUUUUCCCGGUAUUAACGAUGUAAGAAAUAAUCAUCUAUUUGAGUACCUCAUUCCAUAUAAUUAAACAUCAAUUAAAAAUAAAUGUAUUACCUAAAAUAACGUUUCAAUACGAUAUCAUCAUCAGAAGUACAUACACUCGUGUUAAAAUAUCUAAAUACGCCACUGACUGUAAACGCGCGCGAUCUUGUUUGUAUCGCUUUUCGCAGGCCCAUAUCCAUAUUAAAAUACUAGUAAUAGUAAAAAUAUUAUUUAUAGUAUUAACGAUAAUAAUAAUAAUAAUAAUACACACGAAUAAUAAAGAUCGAAUAGGGAAAUCAUAGGGGUUAUUCAGAAGACCACUCGUCUGCGAAGAGACGUGUGCGGAAUUUUAGUUAAAAUAUACUUUGAAAACAUGUUCGAUAUCAUCAUUAUCAUUAAACAUCAUAGUAAAUAUAUG